ACUUGAAAAUUUCUCGUCAGUCAUUGGAUACUUAAUUUGUGGCUUCGGGCAAGUUUGCAUGCUGUGCGCAAGAUGGCGGGAAAGCGUGGAUAGCUGGAGCUCGAGUAUUUCGUCUUUUCCCUGGCUUUUUCACCACAGUGUACCAACAAAAAAGGCAACGUAUUUUGACAAGCGUAUUGUAGGACCUUGAGGCUGAAAGGAGGACAGUAUGGAGUCAAACAAACUCUUUGCACCGGAGAUAGGGGCCCGACUAAGAGCGUAUAUCACAUCGGUGGACACAACUUCCAGGGUCGUCAAACUUUGGGCUCAAGUCGACCAGGAAAACGCCAACAACCUAGAGAAUGCGAUGGAAAACCUGCAACAGUCUCUAGAGAACAGCAACAACUCUCUCAAUUUCAACGAGUUGCAGGUAGGUGACCUUUGUUGUGCCAAAUUUGCGCAAGACGCGCGGUGGUACCGAGCACGGGUCGUGUCAAAAUGCCCAGGGGACCGCUCAGUUACAGUACUCUUUGUUGACUACGGAAAUAUCGAAGUUGUUGACAUCUCGAAAACGACAGCAUGUCCUGCCGAGGUAGCUAAUAUCCCAUCCCAAGCUUCUGAGUGUGUCUGUACGGGAGCUGAAGCCGCGGCAGACGGUGUAUGGAGCACAGAGGCGGCAUCUUUCCUCGCGGAACAGGCUGACACCGAGGUGUCAAUGAAAGUUGUCAAAGUCGUGCAUGACAAAAGUAUCGUAGUUGAAGCAUUCCAGGGGUCCGAGGGGGCUGGACAGUCACUUUCAGAAGUGCUAAUACAGAAGGGAUUUGCAUGUCAUAGCAGUAAUGUGCAGCGAGGCUUCAAGAACUUAACCCUCCCUAUUGGCACUAAGGAGAGAAUCUACAUGUCACAUAUUGUGUCACCUCAUCAGUUCUGGAUUCAGCUACACAGCCACAAAGAUGACAUUACUGAGUUGAUGGAAGGCAUUUUGGCGCACAAGCACGAAAUGGACACACCAGCUUCAGUUCUGCGUGAUAUCCAGACUGGCACGAUCUGUGCUGUAUUGAGCAGUGAUAUGUACUAUAGAGGAAUCGUGAAGAGCAUUACUGAUGAUGAUACUGCCGAUGUGCACUGUGUGGACUAUGGGGACUCACAACAGACCUCACGUUCUGACAUUAAGUACCUCCGACCAGAGUUUACAGUCCUGCCUAGGCAGGCCAUUGAAUGUUCUCUGAAAGACAUCCAGCCAAACCCAGAAUGGACAAAAGAAGCUAAACAAUACUUUGAACUGGUUACUCUUGAGAAAGAGCUUGUGGGGGAAGUCAUUGGGAAAAGUUCAGAGGGAAAGAUGUAUGUCCAGCUGAAAGAGCAGAGAGGGGGACUGAAGCUUGACAUAAGAGACAUGUUAAUCAAGGACAGUUUUGCCAAAUCAGCUAUAGGAGACAGUGUACAAGGCUUCAAAGAGACGAAGCUGGAAUUCGGUCACGAGUAUGAAAUGUAUGUUUCUGACACACGAGGCCCGGGAGACUUUACAUGUCAGCUACAAGAGUCCCUUGAUUUGAUUGACACAAUUGCAGAGGAGUUACAGGAUCUGUCGCAAACUGCCAAAGAAGUGCGCAGUUGUGAAAUCAAACCAGGCAAAGCCUGCAUGGCCAAGUACAGUGAAGACAAUUGUUGGUACAGAGCUAAAGUGUCGUCUCUUUCCACCACUGGAGAUGUGAAAGUCAAGUUUGUUGACUUUGGCAACACAGAAACAGUUUCAACAAACACCCUCAAAGAGCUGAACUCAAGAAUGGCUGAGAUACCAGCCCAGUCUUUUGAGUGUAGCCUGCCAAACAUAGGGACGUCCUGCUCAAAAGAAGCUUUGGAAGGGUUCAAUAAGUUGGUUAUGGAUAAACCCUUGAUGGGCAAAGUUGUCGUCAUCACAGGUGGGAAGCAUGUGCUGGAGCUGACUGAGAAGGGUACAGGUAGUCCUGUGAGCAUUGCAGAACAAAUGGCCAAGGCAGGGUUUACUGUUGCACAUGCUAAACCUACCGGUCUGAUGAAUGGAACUGUUCCUGUAGGGAAGGACUGUCCACCUGGUCCAAGUUCUUCAUCUGCUACUAGUCAGUCUGCCACCAGUCCCAGACGCCAAAGCAGCAGGUUGCAGUAUAAACUUCCUGCAUAUUCCCCAGGCAGUGAAUUGGAUGGUCAUGUAAUGUCUGUGGUCAACAUCGGUGAAUUCUACUGCAGUCCCGCACAAGAGUCCUCUGAGCUUGUUCAACUCAUGGACAGACUGCAUGUUGAGUACUACUCACGCCCCGAUGUUGAGUCCCUGCAGGAUCCUCGGCCGGGCACAGUUUGCUGUGCACAGUUCACAGAAGAUGAUAGUUGGUACAGGGCUGUAGUUCGUAAAGUCACAGACAAGGGAGUUCUGGUCAGAUAUGUGGACUAUGGAAACUGUGAGACAGUAGAGAUGUCGCGAGUGAAAGCUCUCAAACCGGACUUCACUGACCUGCCUCCCCAGUGUUUUGAAGCCUGCCUGAUAGAUGUGGUGCCGACAAAGGCAACCCUUGCUCCAGAGUUUACCAAAAACUUUGUGGACCACAUAAAAGAUGAGCCUGUCAAGAUAAAGCUGUUCUCCAGAGACCAGGGUGGAAGAUAUACAGUUGAUCUUAUGAAGGAUAACCAAACAGCAAGCAAAGUAAUGAAGGGUUUCUUGCGAGGUAGAGUCCCCACGUCCCCGCCACCUACACCAGGAAUCCUUCCGACUGACGUGGAGUUCAUCCAGCCGUUUGUAGAGGAGGGAAGUUAUCAAGAUGUCUUUGUGACCGAUGCCACUGACCCAGAUGUGUUCUGGUGCCAACUGCUGAGUUCUGCUGAAGAACUGAACACCUUGAUGGAGGACAUGAACAAGCAUUACUCCCAACUGAACCAAGAGGAAGAGGCCUUACACACCUGUGGGCUAGGGGUACCCUGUGUGGCCAAGUAUACCCUAGAUGAGCAAUGGUACCGAGCAGUCAUCACAGGUGUAUGUAAAAGUGGGGAUGUGGAGGUGAGGUUUGUGGACUAUGGGAAUGCAGAUUUCAUCUCCAGGGUCAAUGUGAAAGCCAUCAAGUUGAAGUACAUGCAGUUGCCAGUUCAAGCUAUCCAGUGCUCUUUGCUGGGGGUCUUGUGCAAGAACGACAUGUGGACAGAGCGACAGAUGCAGCAGUUUACACAGAUGGUGUUGGAGAAGGAGUUUGUUGCAGAAAUUGUGGCCAGGGAAGAGCUGGAGGAUCGGUAUGAGAUCGAGUUGUUUGACCACAGAGGCAAGAAUGUCAACAAUGAGUAUGGUAGAGUCACACAAACGUUGGUUUCCAGACGGGACCAUGUCAAACCUCCGCCUAAACAGUUGCCAGUGAUCCCAGCACCUGGAGCAGCAGCAACAGCUGUUGCCAAUGGACAUAUCAUUCCACAGCAACCUGAGGUGAUAGAAAAGAAACAGGCACAAGAGAGUCUCGCACCAAGUUCCUCCAACCUCGCAGGUAAAGAGAGUCUGGUACUGAAAGACGAGACUGAACAGCCAGCCGCAUCUGACAGCAGUGGAAGCACAGACUCUGCAUCAAGCUCUGUCAGUCAGCAAAGUGCUUAUAUGACUGCACCAUCCACCCUUACAGCUGACAGUCGCUCCUCUAGUUGUGUUUCCCUGGCCAGUAGCUCUUCUUCCAGAAAAGGUAGUGUUGACUCAAGUCAGUUUCUUGGAUUCAGUCAACUUCAGAUCAAGAAAUGUGCCACAGAAGAAUUAGCUGUAACACACUCUGUCACUCCAAACCAGUUCUUCUGUCAACUGUUGCGGGACUUUCAAGACAUUGACGACUUGUCUGAGAAGCUACAGCAGUUCUAUAGUGCGGCCCAGUCCUCCAUCAGCUAUCCUGAAGUUGGUAUGCGAUGCUGUGCCCUGUACUCAGAGGAUUCCAUGUGGUAUAGGGCCGUUAUCACAGACGUCCUGGAACAACAAGUUGAAGUGAAGUUCGUUGACUUUGGGAACACAGAGAUGUUGGAUCUAACUGACAUAAGAGUCCUUGAUGAAAGAUUUGCUGUUGCACCUGCCUAUGCAGUUGAGUGCAGCUUAGCAUACGUAAAACCCACCUCAGGAACAUGGAGUGCCAAAGCAAUUGAAAAGUUCUUUUCACUGACGGAGGAAAGGACACUUGUUGGAAAGGUCACCAGCAUAAGCACCCGUGGAAAAGCACUGUUGGAACUGCGAGAUGCGGAGAAAGGCGCAGAAGAGCCAUCUUUGAACCAGGCGUUGGUGCAGGCAGGAUUUGCCAGGGAAGCCACGCCAUCUGUCUCCAGCAGAAGCAGCACUCCUGCCAGCAGCAAAGCAGGAAGCCCCACAUCUAGUCGAUCGGUAUCUCCAAAACCAGUUGACCAGAAAACAGCUUUGACAUCAGGAUCACCUGACAAAAUUGUGUACGAGGAGCUGUCUUAUGGUGAUGGUAGCGUUGUUGAUGUGAUGGUGUCACUCUUCGUCAGUCCCAGUGAGUUUUGGUGCCAGCCUGUUCAAAGUUACGACGAUCUCAGCAAGUUGAUGGAAGACAUGGGAACCUAUUACAACAGUGGUGAGAAAGAUUUCAUCUCAAACCCAGAAGUUGGCCAAGGCUGUGUGGCACGAUUCUCAGAAGACAACGAGUGGUACCGUGCCAAAAUCACAAAAGUCAUGGGCAAUGAGGUGGAAGUAAGGUAUGUGGAUUAUGGCAACAGCGAAAAGAGGCUACAUACAGAUCUGCGGAUGUCAAAGCCAAACUAUUCAAAACUACCACAGCAAGCUUUCAAGUGCUCACUGCAAGAGAAGAUUUUGCCCUAUGAUGGAGAGACAUGGAGCAGUAAAGCACUGGGUCAUCUACAACGCUUGGUGAUCGACAAGGAGCUCAAGUGCAUUGUUUCAGGCAAACAGACUAACAAGGAAGAUGUCCCCUUGUAUUUCACUGACUUGACGUGCAAACAGCACAUGAGCAUAACACAGAAGAUGAUAGAGGCACAACUUGCAAAGUCUGCAACAAGCAAGAUAGAUGCAGCACCUGCCAAGGUCAUAAAAGAAGCAGCCUCUAAUCCAACUGUGCCAGUAGACCCUGAGGUCAAGAUCGGACUGUCAGGCAUAGCUGUUGUCUCUGAUGGAGAUGACCCACUGAAGUUCUGGUGCCAGAGGACGAGCCAGGGGUCCAAGUUGGAUGAACUUAUGGAAGCCAUUGAUAUGCACUGCUUGAGCAAGGACGCAGAAGAGGUAGGAAAGCUGAAGCCUGGACACGCAGUCAUAGCAAAGUACAAGCUGGUUGACCAAGGCUGGUACAGAGCUGAAGUGAAGGAAGCAGUGUCGCCGAGGCAAUACAUCCUCCAGUUUGUUGACUAUGGAAACCAGGAGCAAGUCAGUAAGAGCAACAUGAGGAUCUUAAAACCAGAGCUUGCCCUCCUCCCCAAACAAGCCUUCCCCUGCUACCUUUCAAAAGUGGACAUUGUGACACCUGAGGCCAAGGCCAAGUUUGCAGAGUUAACUGCUGAGGCUCAGUUGAAGCUCAUUAUAGUUGACAAGAAACAGGACAGCUAUGAAGUUGAGCUGGAAAACCCAGAAUCUGUCCUGCAGAUCAACAAUGAGAUCUUGAAGAUAACAGCUACAGCCUCACAGUCUAAGGAACCAGAGGAUGUACAACAAAAAUCAGAGAGAGAGAAAAGUACAACUAUUGCUACGUCCAACCGGAAAGAGACAGAACCACAGCUGACCACACCAGCAUCUUUGAAAUAUCCUCCUGUCGCAGUGCAAGCAGGAGGAUCAGUGCCAGUGUACAUCAGUCACUGUGAGACUCCAGCAAAGUUCUGGGUCCAGGUAGCAGACCAGGAGCCUCAGUUGAACAAUUUAAUGGAAGCAGUCGAGUCGUCAGCACAGGCUGGAAAGCCACUAUCUUCUACAGCUCAGCUCAGUAUUGGGGACCCAUGCUGUGCCCAGUUCUCAGAAGAUUGUAGUUGGUACAGAGGAAGGAUCACAGAAAAGUCAGAAGGAAAACUAGGAGUACAGUUUGUUGACUAUGGAAAUCAGGAAAUGGUACCCUUAGAGAAAGUGCAGGAGCUACAAGCUGAUUUGCUGAAGCAGCCUCCAUUUGCGGUUGCAUGUGUGUUAGAGGGAACAAAACCAACAGGUUCCGAAUGGUCCAAUGUAGCCAGUUCAUGGUUCAAAGAGGUGACAAUAGAGCGAGUUCUACAGGCAGAGUUUCUCGACUCAAAAGAACCUGUCAGAGUCAAGCUGUCAGAUGGAAGUGAAGAUAUUGGAAAGAACAUGGUUAAGAGAGGACACGCUGUACAGGAUGCAGAUAUCAAGACAGAAACGCCUAAAGCUAGUGGGGACCAUCCUGCAGAAGUAGCUAAAGUACCUUCAGAGCCUUUCCCUGUUCUAAAGGAGGUUGACUUGACUGAAGGAAGCAAUGUUGAAGUAUAUGUGUCUGUGACUUUGUCACCCUCCAACUUCUGGUGUCAACUGGCAAGUACGACGUCUGAGCUGGCCUCACUGAUGGAAAAGAUCUGUGACUACUAUGCAGCCAUCAACAAUGAAGAAGUGCUUCAGGACCCUCAACCAGGUAUGCCAUGCAUAGCCCAAUUCUCAGAAGACCAAGGUUGGUACAGAGCAAAAGUCAUCAAAGUAGAGGGGGAUGGAGUGGAAGUUAUCUUUGUGGAUUAUGGCAACUCUGAGAAGGUGGAGAGAUCACUAGUGAAAGUGAUGAAGUUGCAGUUUACCGAGGUUCCGGUUCAAGCCUUCCAGUGCUGUCUGUCAAAUACAACUCCACCGGGCAGUGUUUGGGACAACGACACCACAGCAAAGUUCACACAGUUGUGUACUUCUCAAGAGGAUGCUUAUGUCAUUAAAGUGUUGGGAAAAGAUGGCUGUGGCCUUCAUACUGUGGAAUUGGCAAUGAGUGCUGAAGCAAUGAAGAAAGGUGACACGGUUGGAAAGCAGCUGUUAGCAGACAAACCUGCCAAACCAAUUGAUACUGAGGAUACUAGUGUUGAUGCUACGGCAACCACAGCUAAAAGCAGCACCAACCCUCCUCUAGAUGUAGAAGAAGGGCUUUUGUUCAAAACAGACAGUGUCAAGACAGGAGACAGAAUAGAAGCAUACAUCUCGUUCAUGGACAAGUCCAACCACAUCUGGUGCCAGAAGGUUGAACAGUCAGAUGCACUGGGAGAACUGAUGGAUACUAUUGAUACACACUGCUCAAACCUGAAGGAUGAGGAAGAUGCAUUGAGCAUGCCUCAGGAACAGACAGCAUGCCUGGCACAGUACAGCGAGGAUGGAGGAUGGUACAGGGCAAAAGUUGUUGAAGUAAAGGAAGGAUCACUGACAGUGCAGUUUGUAGACUUUGGAAACACAGAAGAAGUGGUAUCAUCAAAAGUCAAACAGAUGAAGUCUGAGUUCAUGGAGCUGCCAGAGCUAGCAUUUGAGUGUGUGCUGAAGAGCCUACCCACCCCAUGGGAAAUAUCUCUGGUUAAGCGAUUUUCUGACAUGACCAAUGACAAGGCACUUACAAUUGAUGUACAGGAUGUCAUCAAACAGGACAAAAAGCAGGUGCUAGAAGUCAUCCUCCUAGAUGGAGAUCUGUCUGUCAAUGAAGCGUUGACACAAGAGAGUCAGAAGUCAGUGGAAACAGCAGCCUAUAAACUGUCAGAGAUAUUGGAGGGAGAAAGCCACUCAGCCUACAUCAGUUCUGUGGUGGGCCCAACAAAGUUCUACAUACAGAUGGAAGGGGCAGAGGAGGUGCUUGAGGGACUGAUGGAGAAAAUUCAGCACUGUGAAGACCUGUCUACUCCAUCCUUGGACAGCUUGCAACCUGGCACACCUGUCCUUUCCAUGUACACUGCAGAUGACCAGUGGUACAGAGCACAGGUUCUCAGCGUUGAAGGAAGUGCUAUCACAGUGUUGUAUGUCGACUUUGGCAACUCUGAAUCUGUUGGGUUGGAAAGGUUGAAGUCUGUUUCGCCAGAGUUCCUUGUGACCCCACUACAAGCUAUUGAGUGCGCACUAGGUAAGAAAGCCACUGAUCUGCCUGAGGAUAUCACCAGUGUUAUGCAGGGUUUGACAGAAGUCUUGACCAUCAAAUUCUUGCACCAAGACGGACAAAAGUGGAUGGUAGAGGUGUUCCAAGGUGAGACGUCAGUGAAAGACAUGGUGCUGAGAGUAGGGAGAGAAGACGUAGAAGAGACCACAGUGAAGACCUCCACUCCAUCCAAGGAUGAAACUGGUGAUAGUCUACAAAGUGUGGACCCGGAAGUCUCUGCGAUCGAAAGUCUGCCUCAGCCAACAAACUUUGUGUAUGCAGCUAACGAUAUCGAUGAGGGAGAGCUACAGGAGGGAUACAUUUCCCACACCACCAACCCAAGUAUGUUCUUCGUCCAGCUUGCAACAUCCGCUGGAAAACUGGACAUGCUGAUUAAAGAGAUAAACGAGGAAUACAGCAGCCUUGGUACAUGUGACCGAGAGAUCGCUGACAUCAAACCUGGGAUGCCCUGCAUAGUGCCAUUGUCAGAGGAAGGAGAGGAGGUAUGGUACAGAGGCAGGGUGCAGUUCACCAACCAUUCUGUCAGCGUCUACUACAUCGACUUAGGAAAGGAAGCAGUCGUCCCAGCAGAGUGUGUGAAGAGUAUCUCCCCGAAGUUCAUGACUUUGCCUGGUCAGGCCAUAGCAUGCAGUCUGUCAGAUGUGUUGCCUGUUGAUGGUUCCUGGCCUGACGGAACGAACGAGAAGUUCUCAGAGCUCACAGAGGAAAGACAACUGAUGGUGGAGUUCAACAAGAGGCACGGGAGUGGAUGGAAUGUAAGGCUCCUUGAUGGGGAGGAGUCGAUCGGAGCAAAGCUUAGCAAGGAGAGUCAAACUGAGACAACGCCAGCUGUGGAACAGAAUGAGACACCAGACUCUGGCUUAGAUGAGAGCCAUGAGACUGUCUCCUCAGACGUGAGAGCUCAGCCUGAAAGCCAGAACAUGGGGAUACCAGCCCUGCAGGUUGAGACUGGGACAGAAGAGACUGUGUACUACUUGUGUGGGGAGUCACCAGACCAUUUCUCCUGUCAGCUGGCCAGUGCAGAGACACAGCAGAACAAGCUAGCGGAGGACAUCGCUAACCACUGUGCCGUAGCAGUGGAGCCGUUGUCAACCCCCCUGGAAGGCCAGAGCUGCCUGGCACAGUUCUCUGUGGAUGAUCAGUGGUACCGAGCAGUCAUCACUGCUGUUACACAGCAAGGCUGCGAUGUCAGAUUUGUGGACUAUGGGAACCCGGAAGUUGUCCCCUGUGCCAAGCUGCGACCCCUUCCUGUGGAACUGUCCCAGCUGCCUGGGCAGGCUAUACCAUGUAGACUUGCUGCACUGGUGCCCAUGGCAGACAAAUGGAGUGACCAGGCUAUUCAAGUCUUCCAAGAUGCCUGCAUAGAGAAAGAGCUUAAGGCCAAGUUUGACGGCAAAUGUGAUGACAAAUUUGAUGUGGUUCUUUAUGACCCAAGUGAAAGUGAUGGCAGCUCCAUUAACCAGAAGAUGGUCACCUUGGAGCAUGCAAAAGCUCAAACAAAACCUGGUAAGGAGGAACCAAAUUCCGUCCAGUUGGACCCAGUUUCAAACCAGUUGAAACCUGUUCCCACCCAGUUUGAACCAGUUUCUGUUCCCACCCAGUUUGAACCAGUUUGUGUUCCCACCCAGUUUGAACCAGUUUGUGUUCCCACCCAGUUCGAUCCAGUUUCUAUUUCCACCCAGUUUGAACCAGUUUCUGAUCAGUUUGAAGAUGCCUCUGAACAGUUAGAAUCAGAGUCUGAACAGUCAGAGCUAAUCGAUGAUCAGGUAGCACUAAAUUCUGAAGAAUUAGAACCAGCAGAAUCUCAAAACAAACCAGUCUCUGACACAGAAGUGCUAGAUUCCAACAAGCCAGAACUGGUUACAGACAAGACUGAAUCCGAAUCUUGCCAGGCACAGCCAGUUUCUGACCCAGAAGGGAUAGAUUCUAACAAGCCAGAAUUGGAUACAGACAAAACUGAAUCCACAUCUUGCCAGUCAGUGCCAAUUUCUGACUCAGAAAUGAUAGAUUCUAACAAGUCAGAACUGGUUACAGACAAGAUUGAAUCGGUAUCUUGCCAGUCAGAGCCACUUUCUGACCAAGCAGAUGUGGUAGUGUCAGACAAGCUGGAACCAGCAACUAACCAGGCUGAAACAAUGUCAGACCAGGUAGAGCCAGAGGCAGACCUUGCAGGUUUGGGUCUUGACCAGCCAGAGCUUGUAUCUGAGAAGUCAGAGCCAGUUCCUGACCAGGCAGUAACUAAUCAGCCAGAUUCAGUUAGUGGUCAUACAAAAUCAGCAUUUGAGAAGUCAGAGUCAGAUAUUGACCAGGAAGAAUCAGUGUUCAACAAGGCAAAACCAGUUAUUGACAAAGUGGAGUCAGUGUCAGAUCAACCUGAACCAGUUUCAGAUCAGAGGGAAUCGGUUCCUGACGAGUCAGAGCUGAUUACUGACCAGAAAGAGCCAAAAUGUGGUACUGACCAAAAAGAACCUGUGUAUGGCCAGCCAGAUCAAAUCACUGACCAGCAAGAAGUGGUUGUUGAUCAGGCAGAACCAGUCCCUGAUCAGAUGGAACCAGUGUCUGACCAGCCAGAACUGGUUUCUGAUGAGGCAGGCUCAGUGUCAGGCCAGUCAGAGCCAGGUACUGACCAGUUGGAACUGGUUGGUGAUGAAGUGAAGGGAGGGCCUGGUCAGGCUACCGCUGAACAAGAGAGUGAAGACUCUGAAGACGAGACACCAGCACAGUACAAGAAGCCACAUCUGUCCAUAGGUGAGGAGGUGGAUUUCUACUUCCUGAGUGCUGAAGACCCAGACAACAUGGUGCUGCAGCUGGUCCAGUCUGAACAGGACCUGAACAAGCUGGCAGAGAACAUCAGCAACAUCUAUGACAGGAUAGCUGAGUCAGAUCUGCAACUGAAAGAAAUGAUGACGGGUUCUAUCUGCUGUGCAAAGUUUACUGAUGGGCUGUGGUACAGGGCAGAAGUGGUGUCUGUCGAGAAUAACCAGGUGACUGUGUACUUUGUAGACUACGGGAACACAGAAACUGUGGACAGCAGUGAUGUCCGUAAACUGCACCCUGAGCUAGCUGACCUUCCCACACAAGCAGUGCACUGUGGUUUAAGUGGGCUUGAGGCAACAUCAGAAACAUGGUCGUGCCAGGUGAAGGAAGCUCUGGAAGAACUGUGCUCUGGAGGUGUGGUCAGGGGCGUGGUCGCUGACAUGGAGGAUGAUGGGAAGAUUCUCCUGGCAACCUGCACAGUGGAGGGUGUGGACAUAGUGCAGCAGCUUAUGGAUCGCAGGUUAGCUACAAGGGAAGGGGAGGAGGCAGAAGGGAGUGAGGUGUCUUCUGAACCACAGGAUACUGGUAGCGAAGCUGUCUCAACCACAUCACAAGAUGAUACAGAGUCUUGCACUUCACCUGAGACAGAAGGUAGCAUCAGAUUGGCAGCACGGCAAGUGAAAGCUGGUGACCAGCUGAAUGUAGUGGUGACAAACGUGACUACACCUGAUCAGUUCUGGUGCCAGGAUGUCGAGGCUGACCUCCCAAGGAUAAAUGCCUACUGUCAGUCCUGCCAGGAAACAGUGCAGUCUCCAAAGGAAAGUGACCUCUGCUGUGCACUGUACAGUGAGGACCAGACCUGGUACCGAGCAAAGAUUCUGGAUGUUGUGAGUUCCAAGAUGCUGACGGUGCGGUUUAUUGACUUUGGAAGUAUUGAGACUGUGAGCGCAGUGAAUACUCGCCCCUUGGAUGCUGAUCUGGCUGCCGUGCCUCCUUGUGCACUGGAAUGUAGCAUGUCUGAAAUACAGGGCAGGAGUACAGAUACUGGUGACUGGUCAGACGAAGCAGUGUUGUUUUUCGAGGACCUUGUCCAAGACAAGACUUUCCGUCUGCUGGUGGAUGAUGUGACACCGGAGGGGACCACCAAAGUGGAACUUUACAGCGAGUGUGAGGAGAAGACUGUUUCUCAGCUCAUGGUGGUGGCCGGGCAUGCCAGGAGGAAGGCAGGCAGUGUCCAGAGUGGCAGCAUGGACAGUCUGAGCGGCUGCACAGGCACCAGUACGGCUGAGUCGGCCAGCCCUGCUCCAGGCAGUGAGGCAGGAGAGCAGACAGUCAAAGACGCAGAAGAGACUGUUGAGGAGUUGACAGCAGAUUUAACAGAUGCAGAGGUAGAGCAGAAACCAGCUGCGGAGGCAGGUGACACCAAGCUUCAAGAUCCGGCUGUGGCUGAUGCAGGUGAUGGGCAGACUGGACAUCUCUCUCACUCUCAGGCAGAAGACAUCGGCCCAUGCUUGGAGAUGGGAUCUGCUGACAGCAUAGUGCAGACUCUAACAGUACCUGGUCCAUCAGGCACAAGCCCUUCCUGUCAGACCCCCACCAACAGGCCCUCAGUCUCCAGUUUCUACACCCCAAUGGGAGAGGUGUCCCUCUCCUUUGCCACAGACAAAGCUCUGUCCCCUUCUUCAGUGCUAGAGGUCACAGGGUCAGAUUGGACAACCUUUGAGGAGACAGUAGGCUCCAGCCCUGAGAGUGGAUCACAACAGGAAGACAGCAGUGUGAGCCCUGCUGACACCAUGAGUGCCCCUAGUAGGCAUGUGCCUGUCCCUGCUGCUGAUGUCGACAGUGCAGAUGAAGAGCAGCUCAUUGUGCCCAGUAACACAUUGCCUGUCUCUUUUGAAAUCAAGGCUGCCAUGUCAGCUACUUCUACAGAAACAAGCACACUGAGUGAAAUGAAUGGCAUGACGGAUUCGUCUGCAGGCAAAGAGAUAGGGAUGGGCAAGCAAGAAGUACAUACCAAUGGUGAUGUGGAGACAAUUGGAGAGCAGGUGUACCAAGUUUGAUGCCUGCUUGGAACCAGCAUACCCGAGUACAGAAUAAGGGACCAAUGAAAGUCAGCCUAGUUUUGAUAACAUUUUGUUAAUAAGAAAAUAGUUGAAGAAGUGCAACAUACAGUAUUUUUUUUUCUAGUAGAUAUGAGAAGAGUAGUGUAUUGUACAGUGCUGUUGUGCCUUUGCAUCAUGAUAACACAGAAUUACUGUUUGGCUGAUAGUUCAUGUUCAUUAACAUUGCAAAGUAUAGGAAAGAAAGCUGGAGAUGUCGAUUACAGUUACUUUUUAGUUUCUUUACUUACUAUUAAUACACAAGUACGUAUGUUACGUAGGUUGAGAUAGAUCAGUGCUAUUUACCUUUCUAUAGCAACCAGAAGUGUUGUAUCAGGUAGAUUACUGGAAUGUUAAAUACUGCACCGUCUUUGGUUGAGAAACAAUUUUUCUGAAAGCACAGCAAACUUAUAACAGAGUUGAAAGGGUUUUGUGGUAUCCACUAUGCAAUUGUUGCCAUUUGUGCCACCAUUUAUGUACAUCAUUAUACAGAAAACAGAUGAUAUGCAGAGACUUUCUAUUUUUGAACUGAUGUUUUAUAAAUUUACCAUUAUAGUACAUUAAAGCAAUAGAAACACAUUACACCACCCUAUAAUAUGAUUAUAGACAAAGCUCAGUAGUUUUGGAGUUCAGUAGCCUACUAAUGAUUCGUUUGUUGUCUGCCUAUAAAUAUUUUAAGCACUUCUUAUUUGCUUUAAAAACAUGAAUAGGAAAAGAGUGUACUUGUGCUUAUGAGUGGAUGAAGUGUUACCCACCAGUAUUAUCAGAGCUUUUUUGUUAUGCAUGUAGGUGGUAGUUUCAGCAUUAAAAAAAGUUAACAGCAAACUGUGAAUGACAAACCCUCACCAAAUUGUACCUUUUAUACAAGUUAAUGGUUGGUGUAAUUUACAGUUAACUGUGCUAUACCUAUAAGGCUAACACAAGUAAGCGAAAUAUAACAUUACUUUUUUUUCAGUUGCAUAGAAGAUGUAGAAGUUUUUGAAAAAGUUACAACUUAAAUGUUAAGAGUUGAAUAAAAGAACAAAAUACAAA